AUGAAGACGAUUCUUAUUCCAUUACUGCUUGUCACCCUUGUGGAAGCAUGGACUACUGAGCCGUUGAAAGUUCGACCUUCCCCUUCCUCUAGCACGAGUCUCAACAUGGGAUUGCGAACAACAGUAAAACGUGUUCGAGAUUCUGUGCUCAACAAGGAACGUUCUCGCGAGGAUCUUAAAAUUGGAAUUGCCGGAUUUUAUGACCGAUCGUCCAAACUGUGGGAAGACGUAUGGGGAGAGCACAUGCACCAUGGAUACUACAUUCCAGAAAACCGUACCGAUCACCAGCAGGCCCAGAUUGAUCUCAUUGACGAAGUUUUGGAUUGGGCUGGAGCGAAAGAAGCCAAGUCAGUAGUCGAUGUGGGUUGCGGAAUUGGCGGCAGCAGUCGGCACAUUGCUCGAAGAUAUGGGGCCACGGCAAAGGGAAUCACAUUGAGUCCCUACCAAGCAAACCGGGGAAAUGAGUUGGCCAAGGAACAAGGAUUGGAGGAUAGCUGUUCCUUUCAAGUAGCUGAUGCUCUGGAUAUGCCCUUUGAUGACAAUUCGUUUGAUCUUGUCUGGAGUUUGGAGAGUGGUGAGCACAUGCCCGACAAGCAAAAGUUUGUCAAUGAACUCUACCGUGUAGCUACUCCCGGUGGCCGUGUCAUUAUUGUAACUUGGUGCCAUCGCGAUUUGGAAAAGGGGGAGAGUGCUUUGGCCAAGAAGGAAGAAAAGCUGUUGGCUCGGAUCAACCGCGCCUACUACUUACCCCGUUGGUGCAGUGUCCAAGACUAUGUUGAUUUGCUCGAAGCUAAGGGCGCUGUGGGCAUUAAACGAGAGGACUGGUCCUAUAUUAUUGCUCCCUUUUGGAGAGCCGUCAUUAAGAGUAGUUUGAACUUGAAGAGUGUGGUGGGUCUCUCCAAGAGUGGUUUCUCUACCAUUCGCGGAGCCUAUGCCAUGCUCUUAAUGUUGCGGGGAUUUGACCGUGGCCUCAUCAAGUUUGGACUCAUCACGUUUACCAAGCCAGAAGAGAAAAAGUCAGAAGAAGAGUAA